AUGAAGCAGGUUUUCGAGCAGAACGCGGGCGCCUCGGGCUACAAGCCGAAGGUGCUGAUCGUCGGGGCGGGCCUGGGCGGGUUGACGCUGGCGCAGGUAUUCCGCAAGAACGGGGUGCCGUUUGAGAUCUUCGAGCGCGACGAGCACGAGGUGUCGCGGGCGCAGGGGUGGUCGCUGACGAUCCACAGCGUGCUGGAUGAUAUGGCCCGAGCCUUCCCCGACGACAUGCCCGACUUCCGGGACGCCGUCCACCACCUCAACCCCCUCGCCCUCGAGACCCAGGUCGUCUUCUACUACCACAACGACCGCCUCGGCACCGAGAACUCCCCCGCGACGCCCACCCUGCGCGCCAACCGCCGCCUCCUCCGCAAGUGGCUCGCCACCAACGUCGACGUCCAGUACGGCAGGGUGGCCGACAAGAUCGAGAGGCUGGGCGACGCCAUGGUCGUCACCUUCAAGAACGGCACCACCGCGACCGGCGACCUCGUAGUCGGCGCCGACGGUGCGAACAGUAUGGUCCGGGAGCACGUCUUAGGAAAGCCGAACAGCGAGGUGCUCGAGAGGGUGCCCAUCAGCUCGAUCACGGGCGAGACGCGGCUGAGCGGCGAGCAGUUCGUGCGGCAGCUCGAGGUGGCGCACAGCCUGGCCAUCGUCCCGGUCACGACGGGGGACGCGUGGAACAACCUGUUCCUCGGGCUGACGGCCGUGGCGCCCGACGGCCGGUCCGGCGAGUUCUUCUGGAUCCUGUCGUGGCACGACCCGCUGGCCCAGCAGACCGGCCGCUUCGCCGUCAACACGCUCCCGACGCGGGACCGCCUCGAGGUCGCCAAGAAGAUGGUCGCCCACCUCGACCCCAAGUUCCGCCGCAUGAUCGACGAGACCCCCGCCCGCGGCGUCCGCGACGUCGGCUGGAUGCCCUCCGACUGCCACCUCGACGCCGUCCCGCUCGGCCGCGCCGUCCUCCUCGGCGACGCCGUCCACCUCAUGAUGCCCUACAAGGCCGAGGGCGGCAUCCACGCCAUCCGCGACGCGCUCCACCUCGGCAAGCUCGUCAGCGAGCUGGCCGCCCCGGACGACGCGUCCCUCUUCCGCGCCCUCACCACCUUCUACGCCGAGAUGCUGCCCCGCGGCGCCGAGGCCGUCAACCUCUCGAGAUACUUCCAGGAGAACUUCCGCAAGGACGCGACCGCCGUCAAAGCCUGGGGCCACCCAGUUAGGAGUCUCCCCGACGAGAGGCUCGAGAUAGGGCCGGAGGGGGUGCGCAGCAUCACGAAAGGGAUUUGCAAGUUGAAGUUGGUCCCGAGCAUAUAA